AUGAGCCGCGCAUGGGCCGCCUCCGGUGCUCUGCUCACCGUGGAAAAUCUGGGCAUGGCGACGAUCGUCUACGCCGUCGCCUUCGUCGCCUUUUGGCUCGGAUGGAAGAUCCGGUCGCUGCGCCCGCCCAAGCGCGAGCGGUUCUCCACCACCGCCCACGUGAUCCGCGCGCUGAACGAUGAGACGUACGAUCAGAGCAUCCUGACGCAGGCGAACCUGGCGAAGAUCUGCGGGCAGCUCCCCAAGUGGAUCACGUUCCCGGACAAGGACCGCGCGCCCUGGCUCAACCGCGCCGCGCAGCAGUGGUGGCCCUUCCUCAACCGCGCGAUAUCCAACUCGGUCGUCGGCGCCGUCGAGCCCAUCCUGAACAAGCUCGUGCAGGGAUCGCCAAUCAAGAAUCUGCACUUCUCCAAGUUCACGCUCGGCACGGAGCCCCUGGUGUUUGCGUCCGUCGCGUGCGUCGACGACGUGCCGAACGAGGUGGGACUGGACAUAGAGUUCAAGUGGGUCGCGAAGGAACCGGAGGUGCAGCUGGACGUCUCCCUGCUCGGCAUGGUGCUUCCCAUCGCCAUCGACAAGCUGGAGGCUUUCGGCACCGUCCGGAUCGUGUUCGGACCGCUCUGCGACUGGUGGCCCGCGUUCUCGGACAUGCAGGUGGCGUUCAUCGGCAAGCCGAAGAUCGACUUGGACCUCAGGCUCAUCGGCGGCGACAUCACCAAGUUCCCGGUCGUCGAGCGCCUUCUCAUGAACCUCAUCAAGAACGUCCUCACCAAGCUCAUGACGUGGCCCAAUCGCCUGGACAUUCAGAUCACCGAGGAUCAGGGCGCGAGGUGCACGGCCCGCGCGGGCAUCGUGCGCGUCACCGUCCGCAGAGGCGCGAACAUGAGCCGGGGCUCCGCGCUGGGCGGCAGCGUGUUCAGCACCAAGGCGACCCCCGCGGUGGAGAUUGUCGCGAUCGACGGCGAGUACGGAGCUCCGAAGACGACGAGGGUGACUUCGUCGUGGCGACACUCGGGCGAAGAUCCCGCGUGGGAGGAGACGUUCGAGGUUUUCGUCCGCGACGCGCGGCACACCGUGCUCAACAUGUGCGUCGUGGACACCGACGCCAUCGCGGCUCCGUCCAUGGGGUCGGUCAAGCGCGCGAUGACCAUGUCGAGCAAGUACCGGAAAAAAAACGUCGAGCGAGAUUCAGAUGGGGACGGCGACGGCGACGACAGCGAAACCGACCAGGGGGCGGACGUGUACAACCCGGCGGAGGUGAAGGUGGCUGGGGGCAAGGACGCCGUCAAGGCGCUGCGAACGGACAAGCAGGCGAGCAGCUGGAAGGGCGAGAAGGCGCUGUACAAGUCCAACAUGUCCGUCAUGGGCAGGGUCAAGUUCGAGGUUGGUCAGCUGUACGACUCGCCCGGGAUCACGCUUCAGGAGACGGUGCCGCUGAAGAAGACGAAGAGCGUCGGGGGUAAGAUGCUCAGCGCCUUCUCGAGCGUCAAGGAGGAGAACAUGCCCAAGCUGACGUACGCGUGCAAGUUUAUACCCCUGGACGACGACCCGGAGCUCGAGGAGGCUCGGAUGAAACGGCUCGCGGGAAUCACGGCGAAGGAUCUUAAAAACCCCGACAGCGAGAAGGUGGACGUCGAGGACUUCUGCGGCGUCCUCCACUGCAAGCUCCUGCGCGCCACGAACCUGGUGUCGCGCGACGCCAACGGGUUGUCCGACCCUUUCGUUCGGUGCAGCUUCGGUCGGCAGAUUCACAAAUCAAGCGUCAAGUACGAGACGCUCCACCCGGUGUGGGACGAGACGUUCGACUUCAUCGUGGGGGUGGACGACGUGUACGAUUCUAGAACGAUCGAGUGCGAGGUUUGGGACAGGGACCCGUACGGCGUUCGCGAGUACAUGGGCAAGGUGCGCGUCGACCUCAUCGCGCUGCUCCUGCGCAUAAAAGACCUACCGCCCGCGGCUGGUCAGGCGUACACAAAGACGCUCAAGAUCAACGAGGAAAUCUCCGAGGCUGCGAGCGGUCGGCUGGAGAUGGAGUUUCAGUUUUACCCCGCCAAGGGGUACGCGCAGGGGCUGAGCCGGAGCGCCAUCGGGUCCAGGCGUCAGCGCAGGUCGGGGAACGAAGCCGGCGGCGGCUUGACGAUUGACGCCGGGGGAAGCGACGGGGGGACUCCGGCGACUUCCGGAGGUUUGAGCCCUUCGAACUCGCUCCGGUCCCCCGCGAGCAGGCGCGGGAUGCUGGCGCUGGCGGAGGAUUUCGUGGAGCGCGAGGGGACGCUGAGCGUGGACGCCACCGACGGCAAGAUGCUGGACAGCGAGAUCAAGGCGCUGAGGAAGGAGAAGAGUAAGGUGGACAGGGCGCGGGCAAAGAAGGAAGGGGGCGGCUGCUGCUCGUGCUUCGGCGGCAAGGGAAAGAAGGGGAAGGGCAACGGCGGAAGCCUACGGGGGAAGGCGAACGGGGACUCGUCCGGGAACGAUUUCCUGGCGCGCAUCGAGGAGGUUGCGCCGGACACGCCCGACUCCCCGGCGGAAUCGGUGUUUCAGGAGCUGCCCUCGCCGCGGCCGUCGGAGGCGGAGGGGGACAGGCUUUAACUUUUAAGCCUUUAUUUGGUUAUGUCGGUUAUCCGA